AACGCUACUUCCACCAGUGUCUCGGGAGAGGUGGAGUGAGUGACAUUGCAACACGCGCAAGAAUUCUUCUCUUAUAAAAGAAAACAACGACUGCAGUGAAAGGUUGCUUUAAGAAUAUAAAUAGAUACUGCUAAAGAACACGGAAAAGGCUAUAUCAUAUAUAUACAUAUAUAAAUAUAUGUAUAUAUAUAUGCAUAUAUAUUUUUAAUAUACAUUUUGACGACAAGGGAAUCUAAUAUAAGGGGAAUUAAAUGUAAGUGCGCAUACUUUAAAACUUUCUGUAAGUGACUGAUACCCCUUCUAAAGGUGAUACUUGAGAUUUUGUUCUGGCCGCAUGGAAGCCAUGUAACUUGUCUUUACUGAAAAAGGCAGCAUAUAUGAGUGUAUUUGUCGCAUCUGCUCGUAUUAGGGUAUUCGUCAAGAAAAGACACAUGAUUUAACGACAGUUCGCGCAAUCAUCAGCUCUUCUCCAAGCUGGCCGAUCCGCGUAAAAUAAGUCAUAGAAGAAGGAAGAUAUCACCAGCAAACCAGGUCAAUGGGAAGGUCCUGGCGCCCCCCGGGACGGAGGAGUUCGACGGCCCGCUGGAAAACCGUUCCUGCCGAGAUGUGGUGUUCCUCAUUCUCUUCAUCGGUUGCGUCGUCGGCGCGAUUGCGUACUUGGCGUACGCCGGCACUAAGGGCGACCCAGCGCGCCUUAUCCAUGGCUAUGAUCAGUACGGCAAUGUCUGCGGACGGAAGAACCCAAAGUACUUCGAUCUGUCUCAGUCCGGCAAGGACUUCACAGGAAAGCCAUUCCUAAUGAUGGAUAUGGCUCUAAAAGGGAAUCCUGUCGACAUUGCUACCGGCAAUCAGGAUCCCGGUAUAAGCAGCACCUCCACUUGCGUAGCCGAAUGUCCUAAAGAUAGUUCUACUGCCUUUGGAUUUUACUGCCUGCCACUGUCCCUUUCGGACGCUGGAAACAAAACUGACGAAGUGCUGACGGCGCUGACAGGCACGAGUGGCACCGACUUCUUCAAAAAUGUUGGACGCGACCUAAGAUCAUCUUGGCGCGAAAUCAUCUACAUGUGCCUUGUUGCCCUCGGCCUUUCCAUCGUCGUCACGGCUAUGCUUAGGUUCCUGGCUCCUGUAAUUGUAUGGAUCACAGUGGUUUUGAUCAUCGUGUCAUCGGUGGCCGUCACCGUUUUCCUUUGGGUCUCAUGGCACUCGCGGAAGCAGGCAGUGCAACGGACGGAGAACUCUUCGGGGAACAACAAUGGCACCUUAUCAGAAUACGAGAAGGACAUCCUUAGGAGGUCUGUCACCAAUUUUCUAAUUAUGGCCAUCGUGUCUACAAUAUUCACGGUAUUGACCAUAAUGUUGUUAAUUGCCAUGAGAAAAAGGAUCAAAUUGGUCAUUGUGCUGUUUAAAGAAGCAGGAAAGGCAAUUGCAGCAAUGCCCAUGAUCCUCAUGCAACCAGUGUGGACGUGCCUGUGGCUAGUGCUUGUGUGCCUCCUCGGUGUCAUCGGUGUACUGCUAAUCGAGUCUUCAGGCGACCCCAAGCUCUACCAAGGAACGGUCCUCUUUGUGAAGAGCAGUCUCAUUGCUAGUUUGCGAUGGUACCACCUGUUUGCCUUAUUAUGGAUCACACAGUUCCUUGUUGCCUGUCAGCAUGUUACAAUUGCUGGGUCAAUUUCCCAAUGGUACUUCACAAGGUAAAGAGCCUAUCUAUACGUAGACCCUUCUAAAUGUUCCACAAAAAUG